AUGGCGAAGGAGCGCCCGCCGUUCGUGUCGUUCUGCAUGGGCGGCCUGUCCGGUGGCACUGCAGUGGUGCUGUCGAAUCCCUUCGAGGUGGUGAAGACCCGCUAUCAGCUGCAGGGGGAGCUGCCGGGGUCCCAGAAACUAUAUCGGUCACUGUGGCAUGCUUUCUCGACCAUCGUCCGGGAAGAGGGCCUGUUUGCCCUGCAGAAAGGGCUGGCAGCAGGAGUGAUGUUCCAGGUCGUUUUCAAUGGGCUUCGUAUUGGUCUCUUCGAUCAUGUUAAGCCGCUCGCGCAUGUCGAGUCUGCGCCAAACUUGUCGAAACUCUUGGCGGGGGCUAGCACAGGUUGUCUGGCAGCGGCUACGUGUUCACCACUUUACAUGGUCAAAUGUCGGCUUCAAUCACAGGCAACUGGCGCCGUAGCGACUGCGGCCUGCACACAGCACGGAUAUACUGGAGUUGUGCAUGGUCUUGGUUGCGGAUAUACAGAGAGGGUGGCAUUCGGGGUCUCUACAUCGGUGUGGAUGGCUUUAUGA